AUGUGUUCAUACAUAGAAAGAUUCAUAGACUGGAUUUCUUUUUGGAAAGAGGACGUUUCAUGUACACUCCCCACCACCAAGCAAAAGAUAGUCUACAAGGUGCAAAUAAAGUCUGAGAAAUACAAAACUAAGGCCUUGAAGACUGCUGCAAAGGCCAAAGGUGUGAGCAACGUUUCCAUAGAAGUAGAGAAAGAGCUAGUGGAGGUGACUGGAGUUGGAGUUGAUUCCGUUUGCUUGGCCAAGUCAUUGCAGAAGAAGCUUGGCUACGCCACCAUAGUAAGCGUCGGAGAAGCGAAGAAAGAGGACAAGAAGAAAGAGGAGAUAAAGCCAAUUCAAUGGGCAUCAACCUAUUUUCCCCGUCCAAUGUUUCCUGUGUACUAUGACUCUGACGGAAAACCGAUAUUAAACUAA